AGCCAGAGUCGAUAAGCAGUGUAGGACUAUGUACAGAGAACAUUUCCAGUGACAUGGCUAGGACUCUGAAAGAAUGGAGACAGGGAGAAUUGGCUGCCUGAGACAGUUGCCUCAUCACAGGCACAUCCUUGUCUCUCAGAAGGUGUUAUCUUGUUUGUAAGAAUAAUACACUUUGCGCUGUGGGUACUUAAGGGUAACUCCAGCUGAAAUGUGUUGGGCACAGACAAGUACUGUGAGCUGUCCUGGUCCUGUCAUGUUUAGAAUAAUGCACUAUGUCCUCCACAUGAAGUCCAGUUCUGGAACACUUCGGCCAUAAAUGGGAGAACAAGGUGCUGAAGCAGACAUGGAUCUCACCUGGCAAGAGAUCUUGUCUAUCACUGAACUUCAGGGACUGGAUAUGCAGCCAGAUUCUUCAUAUGAUGCAGAGUAUGGAUGUCAUGCAUCCAUGCUGCCCUAUCCCGGAUGCAGUUUUGGCAACGUCACAAGAGAUAGCAUGGUACCAACUGCAAGCAAUAAUAUGGAAAAUUACAAUAGACCUUAUAUGGACGCAAUAUAUUCUCAAUCUCAGCAACCACCGAUCCUACCCUUUGCUUCUGGAUAUGGUCAAACCUCAUACACAGGAAUGUUGAUCUCCUCAAGUAUCACUCAGAUGGGGGCAAUAAACCACUAUCCCUCUAAGUUUAUAGCCAUGAGUGGGAUGAGUGCACCAAUAGACCAGGUCAUUAUGCUCGAUGCCAACCUGAGCACUGGCCAUUCACAGUGCCAGCCCUGUAAAGGCCAAGAUGAUUUUGAAUCAGAUUCUGGUUUGUCUUUGAACUUUAGUGAUGGAGAAUCUAUGGAAAUAGAGAAUUUAGAGACCCACCGGCUACAGUCAGAAUAUCUGAAAAUAAUGCCUUCACGUGGCUACCAACAUACUUUAGCACCAAAUAUCACAAAGCCUAUUACGGGACAUAACAUCCAUGAAACCCAAACAUAUAUUGCAUCCUUGACUCAAGAACUGGUCUGCAGUAGGGAUGAGCGAAGGGCAGCUGCCAUGCAAAUCCCUUUUCCUGCAGACAGGAUUGUUAAUCUGCCUGUGGAAGAUUUUAAUGAACUUCUGUCUUGCUAUACAUUAACAGAAUCACAGAUGGCUUUGGUCAGAGACAUUCGCAGACGUGGCAAAAAUAAAGUAGCUGCUCAGAAUUGCCGGAAACGCAAGAUGGAGAACAUUGCCGUCUUGGAAAGGGAAAUAGGGCAGCUGAGGACAGAGCGUGAAGGAUUGCGUAGGGAACGCGCGGAGGUGGAAAGAAUAAUGGGAGAACUGAAAAACAGCUUUAAAGUGCUUCAACAAGAAGUUUAUACUAUUUUAAGAGAUCAGGGCAAUCACCUUGACACAGAAGACCUUUUGCUCAAUCAGAUACUAGAUGAUGUUUCCUUCUCUGGCAAUUAGAUUUGGUUUUCAAAUGUUUUCUCAACAUCUCAAGCAUUGUAACACAGGAAUGGAUGGAAAGAAGCAAUCUACUUUCAACCCAUAACCACCUGUCUUCAGUGAACACUGGCCUAAAGGCACAAACACCUGAUUUUUAUUUACUGUGUAUUUGUCUGCAUAUAGAUUACAUUGCAAAAGGGGUUACUAAUAAUACCCCUUAUACACAAAAAACACGAGUCCAGCCCCAGUCAUUGAUCACAGGAUUCAAAGUCACGUCACAACGGCUUGAAACCCGUUUACACCACAGACUGGACCCGGGUUAUUGCUGGGGCAUCUCUGCCGGCGCUUUGAGAUGCACCGGUGAGCCAGCUUACGCAACAUAGGGUGUUACUUGGACCCGGGUCUACACUGCCCCUUAACCCUGGUCCUUCAUGGGACCAACCUUGCACGCUACUCUGGUUAUAUUUUUCAGGAACCCUUCCACAUAGAACUGUGACCCAGGUUAUUGCAGCGGCAAGAAAGGGGUAUGGCUAUGCACACGAAGGUCUGGCAUUGUUCCAUCAUCCACUUAUCUUCAUAUCAAGGUCUCAUCAAUCUAUUUCAAGUGUGAUUAAUAAUUUGAUAACACUGUUUAGUGCUGCAGUCUAAUAGGGGCUGGUUCUGAUACAAUGGUGGGUGCAGUAUGCCAUCAGUGGGAUUGUACCCAGCCUACAGCUCUGAUAGCAUGACAAGGCAGUCAAACCAUCCAAAGUUCUCACAGCCUGUGCAGAUAUUAACAGAAAUCCUACAACAAGCAGUAAUGCACAGAAAAUGUUACGCUUAGAGUAAAACACAAAUGGCAAAUCUGUAUGGGAACUUAAGAUACAUUUCACACAGAUGAAAGCUUGUCGCCCUAAUAUAAAUAACAAGCAGCAGGGGUUGUAUAUGAUCACCUACCACACCCUAUGCAUUUUAUGUAAUGUACCAAACAAUUCUAGUGAAGUGGACUUUACUUUCAGCAUCUCAGUUAUAAAAUGUGCUUUUGGAUCAAUGUACAUUAGACCCAUACUUGCCUACCUGACCCUCUCCAUG